AAUUUCAGAUAUGAUGACAUGCUGUUGAGACGUGAAAUAAUACCGCAAAAUUUUGUUUUACAAUGGCAGUGUUGUUGAGUGGAAGUAAGGUGGUGUCAUUAGUGGCUAAAAGUGGUUCCGAAUUUACGAAACGUAGUAUUGCUAGGAUACCACAUUGGGAAUAUCAUAUCAGAUUUGAUCCAAAAGAAGGGCGCAAAAGACCAUGUCAAGAUGUACUGGAUCGUUUUAAGCGACUUAAUAACGGUAUGUGGAUACGUGCACAAAUGGGAAGAAAUGUAAAACGUUACAGGAAAGAUGAGACCUUUUUAAAGACAAGUUACUAUUAUGAAACGUGUACAAAAGAGGAAUGCUGGAUGCUGGAUCGUAUGAUGACACCGUUUUGGUUACGACCAAAAUAUUAUAUUGAUGAUCCUUAUGAGCCUUACAAUGUACGACAUGGAAUUAAAUCACCAAGAAUUGGUUUGAAUGGUAAAUUUGCAAGAGAACGUCAAAAAAUUUUGCUAGAAGAUAGUAUUGCUGAUCGUUACUUUCACGAUCGUUAGAGUGAUUUCAAAUAAUAUCAAUCACAUAGCUGGAUGAGGUUUUUUUAUCGUUUUGAAAAUUAAGCAUUGGUGCUAUUUUACCUCUUAUUGCUAUUACUACAUUAUUAACAUAUUGUUUAGUAAAAUAUACGAUUAUGAACAGUUGAGAUUUAUAUUAUCAUUAUUAAAAGUUAAUUGUGAUCAUUAUCAUGCAUAUACUAUAUGAUGCACAUAUUGCUAAAAAAUCCAUCUAUCGACCCGAUUUCUUAGACUUUUUCUUGAAACUCCUUCUGAAGCUGCAAUGGGAAAAUGGAAGAAUAAAAGUUCAGAUAAAUAAU